GACAGACAGAGAGAGGAGAGAGACAGAGAGAGAGAGGAGAGAGACAGAGAGGACAGAGAGAGGGAGAGAGAGACAGAGAGAGAGACAGAGAGAGAGAGAGAC